UGUUGGGAGUGUUGUCGAGCCAUUCCUCCUCGGCAGAGCUCGUUGGGGGCAUAACGGGGCAUUGCGAAGCACACCACAUGCGAUUUCCUUUCUAUAAAUUUAGAGCAACGAAGGGUCGUCCGUGGCGCCUUUGACCAUGAGCGAGAUCAAGGCAGCGACGUCGGCGUAUCACCUGUACAUGAAAGAGAAGCAUGCGGAAGUCAAAGCUAGCCUAGAGGCGAAGGGCCAGACGGCCGACUUCGGUGACGUCAUGAGGGAGCUCAGCUCGAGGUGGAAGGAGCUGGGCUCCGACGAUGCCGACCGCGUCAAGUUCGAAUCGCUCGCGGCGGAGGACAGGGCCCGCUUCGAGAGGGAGAGCGCCGCCAAGGACUUAGAGGUCGCCGAGGCCCAGAGGGCCAAGCGCGCGGAGAGGGAGUCGCUUACGACGGAGAGCCGGAUGAGGGGAAGGCCAAAGAGCGAGGAACCCAAGCCGAAGGCCAAGGCCAUGGGCCCCCCGCGGCAGCUGUCCGAGGAGGAGAAGGCCCGCCGCCAGGAGAGACAAGACUUGAAGAACAAGGAGAAGGCGGAGAGGAACGCUCGGACGCAGAUAGCGGAGGCGCAGCAUACCUCAAUCAAGGACGAGAUUGCUAAGCAGGCGUCGGCCAGGCUGCAGUUCCUGCUCAAGCAGAGCGACAUAUUCCAGCACUUUGGUGUCGGCAAGCAGGCAACGCAAGCAGGGGAGGCGAAGAAGGAAAAGGGGGGCGCCUCCGCGGAGGCUAAAGCGGGGGAGGUCACGAGCCCCGGCAAGCGGCGGCGAGAGGCGGGGAAAGGCGGCGGGGUGGCGGCGGCGGCGGCGGCGGCGACCGCUGCGGAGGAAGAAGAAGAGGAAGAGGAGGCUCCGGAGACUACUUUCCUCACCAAGCAGCCGGACUGCAUCAAGUUCGGGAAGAUGAGGCACUACCAGCUGGAAGGCCUAAACUGGAUGAUUCGCCUCAACGACAACGGCAUCAACGGUAUCCUCGCGGACGAGAUGGGUCUGGGCAAGACCCUGCAGAGCAUCAGCGUUCUGGCCUACAUGCACGAGUAUAAGGGCGUCAGCGGCCCGCACAUCAUCCUCGUGCCCAAGAGCACGCUUUCCAACUGGCUCAACGAGCUGAAGCGCUGGUGCCCCGCGCUCCGCCCCCUCCGGUUCCACGGCACGCGGGCGAGUUUUUGA